AUCUAGUUUUUAUUUCUGGUAAAUUUAUUGUUGAGAACUCCGAACCGUGUUUUACUAUCGCGUACUCAAGCAUUGUUGAUAACGGAAACCCUAACCGCGAAUUUGACUUGAGUAAUGUUCCCAUAACUAUUCCUCAUAGUAUGUACUUUGUGACUGCCACCCGUCAGCCAAAGAAUGUCGGAGAUUUUAUUCAUUUUGGCGCAGAGACAAUUCAAUAUAAUUCUGUCACUGGUAACUCUGAUAUUAAAAUGGACAUGACAAUUAUUUACUCACUUCAUUCGUCCAGGUUUAAAUAUUUAGGCCAUUUAGGUUCCAAUAUUAAAUUACGAUCAAAUUAUUUUGUAUCGGGUCUUUUUAAAUUUUCGAAGUCUGGCAAGAUGAUGAUCGAGGCUACUGAUAUUGAUUAUCUAAGAACCUCGACCAUCAAUAUUGGCGGAUCUGAAAGUUCUCACUCCACAAUGUCUAAUGCACCAUCAAUAAUCGAUAUUAUUGAUGAUGAUAUUGAUUCUACUGUCAAAAAGGCACCCCAAGAUCAAUAUGGUUCGGUUAAGAAAUCUGUAAAUCCUGUUAAUGCCGACGUUGAAGCUGCCCCGUCCUAUAGUAGUAAAAAAUAUCAUACUAUUAAUGCUGACAUUGAAGCUGGUCCUUCCCAUGAUAGUAAAAAAUAUCAUACUACUACUGAAGAUUAUCAGAGUGAUGAGAAGCAAUCUGAUCAUGAAAACGGUAAUGAGGGUGAUAAUGAAAAUGCUACUGAUUUAGCUUGUGAUGAUGAAUUUCAAGACAUCGAAGAACAAGAGGAAUCACAACCUAAAAAAAGAAAAAGAGCUCCUAAAAAAGCAACGAAAGGAAAAGGAAAAAAAUAUUAA